GCCGCCGGCUGCGCUCCUGCGCUGGGGACUCGGCGCGGCGGCGGCAGCAGCGGCGGCAGCAGCAGCGCGGGCUGAGGGCGCCGCGGCGGACACGGCCGCGGCUGGCGCCGCUCCUCCUCCUCCUCCGCCUCCGCGGCGGCGCAAGGCGCAGUGCCCGGCUUUUCUCCCGCUGCGUUUGGCCGCGCGGCGCGCACUGCGGAUCUGGCUGGGGGAGAGAGAGAGGAGAGCUACGACACCCCCUCUUCCCUUCUUCUUCUUCUUUUUUUUUUAAUUAAUAUUUUCCACCUCUUCGCUUCUCUCUGCCGCCUUCGGGGGUCUCUGCCCACGCCGCGGACCGCGGUGCCCCCUGCGCGGGGAGCUGGAGCCCUGCGGAUGCGCCUUGCGGGGACUGGGGCCGCUGACUCUCGGAGUGGAUUUAUAGACUCGCGGGCGCGUCCGAGCUCCCCGAAACAGCCCGGGUUGGUGUCGGUGCGGAUUGCAAACUGCCGGGAGCGGCGGGAGCAAUAAGAGACACACAGGAGGAGCCUCCUUGCCGGGGCUGUGUCCCUUUCUCCCACCCCCUUCAUUCCUCCCACUUCCAUUUCGUCUUAUUUUUUUUACUCCUUUACAUGCGAAGCUUAGACACUGUGAACGUGUAUGGUGCACUGGAUCCAAAUGGGAGUUGGCAAUUUGAGUGGCAUCUUCCAAGGCAGCCGGGAGACCCCGAGUAAGAGGAAGGACUGAGGCGUUUGCAUUUUUUGCUACUGUCGUUGUUACUUCGGAGGUAGCUUGGAUCUUACCUCGCCGGAGCAUUUUCUACAUGCGAGUGGCAUACAUGACUCAGUAGAUCUGCUUGCAGCUCUCGCCGAGUGCCGUCGUCGACCCUUCGCGUGUGAUUUUUGUUUUUUAAUUUUAUUUUUUCCUUUCCCCUCCCUAUAAAUCGCUCCGGUUGUCGGGGAUACCGGGCACCUGCCCUGCCGUUGCUGCUUAGGUACAGGAGAGAUCGCACGGCGGAGUUGGCGAGGCUUUGGGAAGGGACUUGGUGCCGCUUUCGACCAUGGCAGCGCGGAGGCGAGACGCCUCCUUUUGGAAGUACUGUUGGGGAGUUUUCAUGGUUUUAUGCAGAACUGCAAUGGCGCGAUCGAUAGUUUUAGACCCGAUAUAUUGGAAUUCCUCGAACCCCAAAUUCCUUCCUGGACAAGGAUUGGUACUAUAUCCACAGAUAGGAGACAAACUGGAUAUUAUAUGCCCAAAGGUGGACUCUAAAACUGUUGGCCAGUAUGAGUAUUAUAAAGUCUACAUGGUUGAUAAAGACCAAGCAGAUAGCUGUGCUAUUAAAAAGGACAAUACACCUCUCCUCAACUGUGCCAAGCCAGAUCAAGAUGUUAAGUUUACCAUCAAGUUUCAAGAGUUCAGCCCUAAUCUUUGGGGCCUGGAAUUUCAGAAGAACAAAGAUUAUUACGUCAUAUCAACAUCAAAUGGGUCUUUGGAGGGCCUGGAUAACCAGGAGGGAGGGGUGUGCCAGACAAAAACCAUGAAGAUCCUCAUGAAAGUUGGACAAGAUCCCAAUUCUGCUGGGUUACCUCGGAAUACGGAUCCAACGAAACGCCCAGAGCAGGAAGCUGGUACCAAUGGGAAAAGUUCCACGACGAGUCCAUUCGUGAAGGAUCAUUCAGGAUCUAGCACAGAUGGCAGUAAAGCUGGGCAUUCCAGUAUACUGGGUUCAGAGGUGGCCUUAUUUGCAGGGAUUGCAUCAGGGUGCAUCAUUUUCAUCGUCAUCAUCAUCACUUUGGUGGUUCUUUUAUUGAAGUACCGGAGAAGACACAGGAAGCAUUCCCCGCAGCACACUACAACUCUCUCACUUAGUACAUUAGCCACCCCAAAACGCAGUGGCAACAACAAUGGUUCUGAGCCCAGUGACAUUAUCAUUCCUCUAAGGACUGCAGACAGUGUCUUUUGCCCCCACUAUGAAAAGGUCAGCGGCGACUAUGGACAUCCGGUGUAUAUAGUUCAAGAGAUGCCUCCUCAGAGUCCAGCAAACAUUUAUUACAAGGUCUGAGAAACACAAAACCAACUCUGUGGUACAGUUGAGUCGUAGAGGAAACUUACUGGUCAAAUGCUUUCUGUUGGGGUUUGUGAUGAUGCCUUGUGCGCUAGUAUUGACUCAAGCACAGGGGAGAAAAGGCGACAGCUGUUUCUCCGAGAGCCAACUGGAGCUGGACAGCUUACCUAGUCUGUAGAAUUCCUAUCUCGGUGAAUAAGCAUUCACUAAAAGCUGGAAGACUUUAAUGUAGAAGAUACCCAUUCUGAUUGCUGUACUCUUGUUACAUUCAUCAUCCUCAAAGCCAUGUGCUGCAGGCAUUCAGGCAUGUACAAAAGCCAAGGGAAGAUGGAGUGAUCCGUGGAUGUUAAUAGUUCUAGGCAUCCUGGGAAGGUGCUCUAGGAUAUCAAGCUUGAAAUGCAGUCUUCUGACUUUUGUGUGUCUCUCUCAGUGCAUACUGGAUUUGUCACACAGACCUUGGUGUCUAAGUAAGACUUUUAAAAGUUCUCUUGCUUUUAGUCCGUCACUGUUCCAUUUAUUUCUGUUAUCUGGGGCUCUGCCAUCCUUCACGUAAGAUUUCCUUUCACUCCACCUCCUGAAUCACUAAUGGAACAUUAAUGUUUGGAGAUCUGUGCUCCAUCCAUCUGCUACAGCAGCCUCACUUGAAUGGGUAAUACAUUUAUAGAAAUUGUGUUUGAUAGUAAGGAGCCUUCCAGCCAAAAAGUUAGGCUGUCAACAAAGUCAGGAGCAGGACUGGGUGGUGGAGGGAAGGGCUGACUGCAGUUGCAGCUGAAUACUGCUGCCUCAAAAAUAAAAACUGGGAAGAAGAAACCAUUUAGGUAGCACAGCACUGUGGUAUGCUGAGUUUUAAGAGGCAAGUAGGAGACACAAUAACGCGCGGUGGAUUACGGCUGCAUUUGAAGGAAUUCGUGGUUAUCAAAUACCAGUGUGCAGAAAAAAUAGUACCUUCAAUAUAGUAGAACAAAGGGGUAUUGUUAGUAAAUGAACAAGCUUGGAGAGGACAAGACAAUAGUAGGCCACUGAGGAUAUAUUAGGGCAGGGCUGUUGUGGUACUGGCAAUAAAAUAUACAGCUUUGAAGCUGUAGCAAAAAUGUAGUCUGCUUUGGAUGAUUUUAAGCAGACUCAGCUGCUAUACUAUCACAUUAUACUAAACACAGGGAAAGCAUUUAAGAAAAUAGCAGAGAGCCAAAUCUGACUAAGACGAUUAUAAGCCAACGGGUCAAAUGAGCUGUAAUUCCGUCACUGGUAAAGUUGUAAAAAAAACUUUCUCAUCUCUAAAAAUGAAUCAGAUUUUUUUCUGACUGAGCCUUUUGACACUUUGGUUUAUUGUAGUGCUGUCCCUGCACAGUGAGUGUAGGUACUGUAACUGACACAGCAGUUCAUUGGUGCUCUGUUGCAAAGUUAAAGCACAUAUGGCAAACCUCUUGCAGUCCAUAAGAAUAAAAUAAAUUAUGACACUGAGAUGGAGAAGAUAUGUCUUAUUUAUAAUAGGUGUAUAGAACACAAGGGAUAUAAAAUGAGUUUUUCUUUCUUUCUUUCUUUCUUACUUUUUUGUUUUGUUUUUUUUACUAAUGUAUAUUUUGAGAUUGCACAGAAUCUACACCAGAAGAUGUGAAAUUCAUUUGCGGCAAUUAAAUAGUCUUAACUUGUCAUCAUUUUAUAUACACACACACACAUAUAUAUGUGUAUGUUUAUGCAUAUAUAUAUAUACACACACACACACACAAUUUUUAAAAGAAAGGAAACUGCUUCUGGGAAAAAAUAACAACCAUUCUGAAACAACAAUAACGAGAACAUACACAAAAAGACCUAAAGCCCUUUAAAGGCAUCUCACAUAGCAGUAAACUAGGAAAUAAAAGACGCAGAAUAUCAGAAAAUCCACUGUUACUGUAUUGCCUAUUUAACAAUGACAAGGUGUUCCGGCAUUUAUUUUCUGUGUUUUGUUUUCCCUUGCCUUAUGGGCUGAAGUGUUCUGUAGAUUUCAUCGAGAUUCAUAGAGUGGGGGUUCAGGUUAAAGUUUUCUCUUUAGCGUGGUUAUUCCCCUAAAGUCCCCACCCUGGGGGGGGGGGGGGGGGGGAACUCUACUUUUUUAUGUGCUAUGCAAAAUAGACAUUUCUAACAUAGUCAUGUUACUAUGGUAACACUUUGCUUUCUGAUUUGGAAAGAAAAUGUAGCAACACCAUUUUGGGGUUCUCAGGCCUCCAGUGAGCACCUGCAAGGAAAAAAAAAAGAAAAACAAGAAACCCACAAAACUGUCAUAGAAAUGAUUACUCUCUCUUUUUCCUGAACCUGAAAGUGAUGUUGGGAUGUUGGUCCAAAAGAGAGAAACAAAACAAAAAAUCUCAACCCAUGGUUCUGUGGAAGGUUACCAUGGUGACUAACUACAGUACAUAUGUAAUUCUUUUCAACAACCCUUCCUUUCUGUGAAUCCAUCCAUACAAGGUUCUCUUGUAAGUCAUUAAGAUUUUAUUUGGGGGAGGGGGGGGAAAGGGAAAAUAUGGGUUUACUGAUUCUGAUUUUUUUUAAAUCAAAUCUAUGCUUCAUCAGCAUAGCAUAGAUCAUUGGCUACAUUCUAGUUAUGUACUAAACUGUGAAAAAAAUCAGAUGAAUUGCUGAAGAGCAACCUGCAACCAAUUGAAAAAAAUGUACUGUGCGUCUGUUUUGUGUCUGGUGCAGAAUUAUGACAAUCUACCAACUGUUCCUUUAUUUGACGUUGGUUCAGCUUUGAAAAGUUACUGUAAAUGCCUUGCUUGUAUGAUCAUCCCUAGUCACCUGACUUGGAAUUUGCACCAUCAUGUCUAAGUGAAGAUGCUGUAAAUAGGUUCAGAUUUACUGUAUAUGGAUUUGGGGUGUUACAGUAGCCUUAUUCACCUUUUUAAAUAAAUAAAUUAAAAAAAACACAUGAAAACAAGUCAAAAAUGGCUUUUCUUAACCAGAUUGUGUAUAUAGAGCAAUGUUGGUUUUUUAUAAAGUCUGAGCAAGAUGUUUUGUAUAAAAUUUGAAUUUUGCAAUGUAUUUAGCUACAGCUUGUUUAAAGGCAGUGUCAUUCCCCUUUGCACUGUAUUGAGGAAAAAAAUGAUAUAAAAGGUUGCCAAAUUGCCGCAUAUUUGUGCUGAAAUUGUGUACCAUGAAUAUUUAUUUAAGAAUUUCUUUGUCCAGUUUGUAAGUAACACAGUAUUAUGCUUGAGUUAUAAAUAAUUUCUUCUUUCUUUUUUUUAUUUUGUUUUUUUUUGUUCUGUUUUGUUUUUAAACUAGCCGGUCAUAAUUUCGAAAACUGCUUUAGUUCCACAUUGCAAUUAGCUCCCAGAAAAUGAAAAUUAUGAAAAUCACAUUCCACGUCUGUUUCAAACUGAAUUUGUUCUUAAAAAAAUAAAAUAUUUUUUUCCUAUGGAAA